AUGGGUAUCAACGAGAUGAUUCACAAAGCCAACAUGGCGGUCGCUCGCUCAUUCGUGGGCAGACGCUUCCGCCUUGACGGCUCCGGUCACCCCAAAGAACGGAAAGGCUCCUACUUUUUCACCGAAAUCCGUGCUGGACUGGCAACCUUCUUCGCCAUGGCAUACAUCAUUUCCGUCAACGCCACUAUUGUUUCGCAGUCCGGCGGUACGUGCGUCUGCCCGCCGGAUAGUCCCGAUCUAUGCGACAGCGACCCGGCCUACAUGAUAUGCGUGGCCGAAGUCCAACGAGAUUUGGUCACAGCCACCGCUGCGAUUUCCGCCCUCACCACAUUCUGCAUGGGCCUGUUUGCAAACAUGCCGAUAGCUUUAGCGCCUGGAAUGGGUUUGAACGCCUACUUCGCAUACACUGUGGUCGGAUAUCACGGAUCUGGCCUUGUGCCUUACCAAGUUGCCGUUACAGCCGUUUUUGUCGAAGGAUUUGUGUUUGUCGGUCUCACCAUCCUUGGACUUCGGCAGUGGCUUGCUCGGGCCAUUCCAGCGUCUAUCAAGCUUGCCACCGGAGUCGGCAUUGGGUUAUAUCUGACUUUGAUUGGCUUGACAUACAGCGCGGGCAUUGGAGCCGUUACGGGCGCGCAGGCUACUCCUCUCGAAUUAGCCGGCUGCAAGCCGGAGUACAUUGACGAGACUGGUGUUUGUCCGGCAGCGUACAAAAUGCGCAACCCAACAAUGUGGAUCGGUAUUUUCUGCGGUGGAUUCUUCACGGUUUUGCUCAUGCUCUUCCGUGUCAAGGGCGCCAUCAUCUUUGGGAUCUUGCUAGUCAGCAUCAUUUCGUGGCCUCGAGGGACCGAAGUGACAUACUUCCCAUACACCGAUUUAGGCGACAGCAUGUUUGACUUCUUCAAGCAAGUCGUUACGUUCCACCCGAUUCAGAGAAUCCUCACCGUCCAGGAAUGGGACAUAUCGGGCUACGGCGGGCAAUUCGGACUGGCAUUUAUAACUUUUCUAUAUGUCGACAUUCUCGAUUGCACUGGCACCCUCUACUCCAUGGCGCGCUUUUGCGGCGCCAUCGAUGAGAAGACGCAGGACUUUGAAGGUUCGGCUGUGGCUUAUCUGGUCGAUGCUUUUGGUAUCUCGAUUGGUGCUUUGUUCGGCACACCUCCAGUCACGGCCUACAUCGAAUCGGGCGCCGGUAUCUCUGAAGGUGGCGCAACAGGUCUCACUGCCAUGACGACGGGGCUCUGCUUCUUCAUCUCCAUCUUCUUCGCGCCCAUCUUCGCGUCGAUCCCGCCGUACGCCACCGGAUGCGUGCUCAUUAUUGUCGGGUCACUCAUGGCCAAAGCAGCAGCCGACAUCAACUGGCGCUACAUCGGCGAUGCAAUCCCAGCCUUCUUAACCAUUGCCAUUAUGCCCUUCACUUACUCCAUCGCCUACGGCCUCAUCGCCGGCAUCAUAAGCUACAUCGUCCUGAACACCAUUGUGUGGCUUGUCGAGAAGAUCUCCGGCAACCGCAUCAAACCCGCCGACAAGGAGUAUAAGGACUACUGGACCUACAAGAUCGAAGGCGGACUGCUGCCUCCUUGGCUCGUCAGGGCGGCCAAAGGGAAGAAGGACUUCUGGAGACCGUACGACGAUGUCGAGCACAAUAACAGUGAUGGGCCUGCGGGGAUGACUUUGGAGGGGCAGGAAGAGCACGUUGUAACCGGAGGGAAGACGGCCGAGGCGCAGAAUAAUAAUGUCAGGGAUGCAAGCUCGAGCGACGACGGGGAGAAGGUCAAGGUGUAA